UUAAUUCAAACUUACAAAGAAAAGAAAGACAAGACGCCCUGCUUUGAAUUCUCUGCCGCCAUGGGCGAAGUCUCUUGGUUUCCCGUUUCUCUCUCUGACAAAUGCUCUUUGAAGCCCGUGGACAAAACCCUUGCUGUUACACACCGUCUGCUUCCGCUAAAUCUCCGCUUGCCUGCAACUUCCUCCGUUAAUCUCAACGUUAGACUCUCAAUCUCAAGUUCAAGCUCGCGUGGCUGUACGCUCAAAUGCUCAGCUUCAACACCUGAUAACCAGGUAGCAAGAUUUCAAGAAGCUUCAAAGAAUGGGAAUUUAAUUCCUCUAUACCGAUGUAUAUUCUCAGAUCACUUAACUCCAGUGCUUGCAUACCGAUGUCUGGUUAGGGAAGAUGAUAGGGAUGCUCCAAGCUUUCUGUUUGAAUCAGUUGAGCCUGGCUUGGAUGCUUCAACAAUUGGGCGAUAUAGUGUCAUUGGAGCUCAACCAAGUAUGGAAAUUGUGGCCAAAGAAAACAUGGUUACAAUAAUGGACCAUUAUGAAGGUCGUCGGAGGGAGGAGAUUGUGGAGGAUCCAAUGGAGGUUCCUAGAAGAAUCAUGGAGGGCUGGAAACCACAAUUUAUUGAUGAGCUUCCAGAAGCAUUUUGUGGUGGAUGGGUAGGUUACUUCUCAUAUGACACAGUGCGGUAUGUAGAGAAGAAAAAGCUGCCUUUCUCCGGUGCCCCACCUGAUGAUAGAAAUCUCCCUGAUGUCCAUCUAGGCCUUUAUGAUGAUGUGAUUGUGUUUGAUCAUGUGGAAAAGAAAGCUUAUGUGAUUCACUGGGUGCAAUUAGACCGAUUUUCUUCUGUUGAUGAUGCCUUUAAGGAUGGAAUGAACCGACUGGAAACUAUCUUAUCAAGGGUGCAUGAUAUCGCUCCACCAAGGCUACCUGCAGGUUCAAUAAAGUUGUUCACUCGUCUUUUUGGCCCUAAACUGGAGAAUCCAAGCAUGACAAGUGAAGAAUAUAAGGAUGCAGUGUUACAGGCAAAGGACCAUAUUUUGGCUGGUGAUAUUUUCCAGAUUGUAUUAAGUCAGCGUUUUGAACGUCGGACAUUUGCAGAUCCUUUUGAAAUUUACAGAGCUUUGAGGAUUGUCAAUCCAAGUCCAUACAUGACUUACUUACAAGUUUGCUCUCUUUCCCUUGAAACUAUCCGUGCCAAAAUUUUAGACAAUUUUAAAUUUCUGACAUUUGGUUGCUUUUCUUGUUAUCAGGCUAGGGGAUGUAUACUGGUUGCUUCUAGUCCUGAAAUUCUUACACGUGUGAAGAAGGAAAAGAUUACAAACCGACCCCUUGCUGGGACUGUUAGGAGAGGAAAGACCCCUAAAGAAGAUAUAAUGUUGGAAAAAGAGCUUCUGAAUGAUCAAAAGCAAUGUGCAGAGCACAUUAUGCUUGUUGACUUGGGGAGGAAUGAUGUGGGAAAGGUCUCUAAACCUGGUUCUGUGAAAGUUGAAAAGCUGAUGAAUAUUGAACGAUAUUCCCAUGUUAUGCACAUCAGCUCAACAGUCACUGGAGAGAGACUUGAUAAUUUAACUAGCUGGGAUGCUUUGCGUGCUGCACUGCCGGUUGGUACUGUUAGCGGAGCACCAAAGGUGAAAGCCAUGGAAUUGAUCGAUCAGCUGGAAGUAACCAGACGCGGGCCCUAUAGCGGUGGAUUUGGAGGAAUUUCAUUUUCUGGCGAUAUGGAUAUUGCACUUGCGCUUAGGACUAUUGUCUUCCCUACCAGUACUCGUUAUGAUACAAUGUAUUCAUACAAGGACGUGAAUGCACGUCGAGAAUGGGUAGCUCACCUCCAGGCUGGGGCUGGAAUUGUGGCUGACAGUGAUCCUGCAGAUGAGCAGAGAGAAUGUGAGAACAAAGCCGCCGCUCUUGCCCGUGCCAUUGAUCUGGCGGAGUCAGCAUUUCUCAAAGAAUAAUUUUAUUUGGUGGUUUUUUAAAGUAUAGUUAUUUGAAAUAAUAACAAAAGAUACUAAUAAAGAGGGGAAACGUUUAAUUCCAA